AAUCAGACAUACAUGUGUUUGUUAAUUAUAGCACUACAAACUGUAAAGAGAAAAGAAGACAAAAAAGAAAAAGCAUCUUGAGAUCUUUGACCCUAAACUCUGUUUCUUUACCUUGUUCUGUUCCAUAACCUUGUUUUCUUGCUUAUCUUGUCACUCAGACACUGGCUCACUGGGGCUCUGAGGGUAGCUAAUCAUACUCUCCUGUUAAAAAACCAGAUUUUUCGACCAAUGGGAUCAUCUAGCUAUCUGGUCUCUCGCGCAUUAUGGGUUUAUGUAAUGCUCGUUUCAGUUAGUGCAGCAGAAAGCAGAAUAUUGCUCGACAAGGAAGAAUGCCACCUUGAUGACCUCAAGGGACUCAAGGAUUUCAAGGCAUCAAUCAAGUCGGACACCUCAGGCCGCCUGGAGACAUGGACUGGGGAAAGGUGCUGUAUUUGGGACGGCGUAUCUUGUGAUAACAAGACAGGGAGGGUGAACAAGCUAUAUCUCCCAGGAUUCAUUACUUCUGGAGAUGCUCCUGAUCAGACUUAUAUGGAAGGAUGGCUAUCUCCUUCCAUUACGCUAAUGGUUUCCCUGGAGGUUAUAGAUCUCUCCGCGCUCUCUCAUCUCACUGGCCAGAUUCCUCCACAGAUAGGCUUUCAUCUUCCUAAACUUAGAGAGCUCACUCUUUUUGGUAACAGACUUAGUGGUUCAUUGCCUGAAUCUAUCGGUAAGCUGUCAAAUCUUGAAGGAUUGUACUUGCAUGAGAACAGCUUUUCUAGGUCCCUUCCUUCUAGCCUAGGAAGUCUCAAGUCUCUGAGAAGAUUGUAUCUACACACAAACCAAUUUUCAGGUGCAAUCCCAGAAUCCAUUACAAACUUGACCAACAUGUUGUCUCUGGAUUUACACCAAAAUUCUCUUACUGGCAAUAUACCAGCUGACAUUGGUAAUUUGCAGUUCUUGGAGGAGCUAGAUCUUUCAAACAAUUCGCUAUCCGGAACGAUUCCAUCUUCCAUAUGUAAGCUCACAUUCAUUUCAACUAUGUACUUAAAUACCAACAAUCUUGAAGGGGAGAUCCCUUUCCCUACCAUAGCAGGUCAAAUGUCUGCUCUAAAAUUUCUAAGAUUGCAGAAUAAUCGUCUCAGCGGAAGGCUACCCUCAGCCUUCGGAUUUCUCACCUCUCUUCAAAGAGUUUCCUUAUCAAAUAAUCAACUCGAAGGGCCUAUUCCUUAUAGUUUGGGAACUCUAAGGUCUCUAUCAGAGUUAUACCUAGAUGGAAAUAACUUCUCAGGUCAGAUUCCUAGUUCACUAGGUCAUUUGUCUCAGCUUCUAGCUCUAACUAUAUCAAACAAUAUGCUUCAAGAACCAUUACCCCAUGAAUUAUCAUUGCUUCUAAACCUUCAAAUAUUAGAUUUGUCUUUCAACGACAUAAACCUCUCUGUGAUCCCAGAGUGGCUCCUGGGAUUACCAUCGCUCUCUCAAAUCUACUUGGCUGGAUGUGGAAUUCGAGGUGAGAUCCCAGAUUACCUGCAGAAAGCCUCUAGCUCACUACAGGUGCUGGACUUAUCAGAAAACCACCUCACAGGAGAGAUUCCUACUUGGUUUGGAAACUUGACUCAGAUAUGGAGCUUGAACCUCUCAAGAAACUCGCUAACUUCUACAAUUCCAAAAACAAUUACAAACUUAGGAAGCUUGACAGUGCUCGACAUCCACUCAAACAAGCUAACAGGCACAAUCAAUGAGGUUUUUCAUAUACAAAGUAGAUUUGAAGGUUCUUUGACUUAUAUUGAUCUUUCUGACAAUAGGUUUACAAGUGGCAUCGAACAGAUUGGCAGAGGAUCACAAACGGGGAUACAGUAUCUGAAUUUGUCGCACAACCAUUUCAAUGGAAGAAUUCCGACUUUGAUAGGGAAGUUAAAAUCAGUGGACAGUCUAGAUUUGAGCUACAAUGAGUUAAGCUCACAGUUGCCAAUAUCUCUAGCAAAUGCACACUCUUUAGAAAGACUAAAGCUGCAGAAGAAUCAGAUUACUGGUAAUAUACCAAAUCAGUUUCUGAAUUUGAGAAGGUUGAAAGAGCUGGAUGUGUCAGAUAAUCUACUUGUAGGGAGAAUUCCUUUGGGCAAGCCUCUAAGUGAUUUUCCACGAAGUACUUACUCUGGAAAUAAAGGUCUGUGCGGAAAACCCCUGGAUCCUUGUAUGUCUUGAGUUCUCAUCUACUGCUCUAACACCAGAUGCAAGGAAAUGAUAUAAAUCUAGUACAUUAUAGGGCUCAGUAUUCUUGGUAAACUAUAAAUCCUGUAUAUGCUCAUAAACAUAGAAGGGCAUUUGUGGAUAUACAGGCACACACAGAUAUACAUUCUAGAAUUCGUUUGCAGCAUCUUGUCAAACUUCACCAGGGACAGAAAGGUAGGGUAUUGUAAGUUGUGAGGGUCGUGAACCAGGCCAAUUUCAAAAGCUUUCAUUUUUUUCUUCUAACACCCCCGCCCCUCCCUUAUUUCUAAACUUGAUGUAUAAGGAGAAUCAUAAGGACAUACUAGCGAGCACAAGAAUAU